GAACGGAUACCACAGUAAAGUCGGAUGUGUUCUGCAUAAAUUAAACUGUCAAAAUGUCUAAAUGGCAUCAAAUAAACAAACCAGCACCGCUACGCAACACGGAACCGGGAAGAGCACGUUUAAAUACGAAGGGUUUAAUUGAGAAAAACUUCACCAAGCAGGUCAUCAUAACCUCAAGAUCGUAAGGGCCGCGCACACUUCGCUGAGCACAUAAUGUCCGGAAUACUCUUCGAAGACAUUUUCAACGUGAAAGACAUGGACCCGGAAGGGAAAAAAUUCGACAGGGUCAGUCGGCUUCACUGUGAAUCAGAAUCGUUCAAAAUGGAUCUUAUACUGGACAUCAACUCUUGGCUGUAUCCAUUAGAAUUAGGCGACAAAUUUCGUCUAGUUCUAACGACUACACUGCAUGAAGAUGGCACAGCAGCUAGCAUGGAGUACAAUGCUGCAGAAAUAGAAGGAUCUCGCGCCGAUAGCUUCGAGUACGUUAUGUUCGGAAAAGUGUACAGGAUCGAGGGGGAUGACUCCCAGACAGAAUCUUCCAAUAGGUUGUCUGCAUACGUUUCGUUCGGUGGUCUAUUGAUGAGGUUACAAGGCGAUGCAAACAAUCUGCAUGGUUUUGAGAUCGACCAGCAUAUGUACCUGCUAAUGAAGAAACUGGCGUUUUAGGUUACAAUCUUCCCUAUGUAUGGCCUCUCAUUUGCGUUUGUUCAAUAAAUCGCGUAUUCUUCUACUUCCCGUG